AUGGCGGAAAUCGACCCGAAACACGAACCCACGGCCAAUGCCGGCCUCCCAAAAGUCGACACGCUUGACACCAACGGCGAGGGCAUCACGCGUGUCAAUACAGCGGACCAAAAAUCCAAGGAGAAUGCAGAUGUAGUAGAGGCACCCGCCGAGGAGAUGGAAAAGGCAGCAAGGCCGGCUAUCGGUCCCAUUGUCGACGAGAGCAUGCUCCUCACUGGCAAGAAACUCGCCCUCGCACACCUUGGUUUCCUUUUGGCCAUCUUUUGUGUCGCUCUAGAUCAGACCAUCGUCGCUACUGCCUUGCCAAAGCUCGCCUCGCAGUUCAACGCCCUCGACGAACUCACUUGGGUCGUUUCUGCCUACUUCCUGACCCAGGCCGGACUGAUGUUGGCCUUUGGACAAGUCUUGACCAUUGCCCCUGCCAAAUGGGUCAUGAACGUUCUCAUCUUUGGGCGUGCAUUCCAGGGCGUCGGUGCAUCGGGCAUGUUCAUCUCUAUCCUUACCAUUCUCUCUCAAAUCACCAAGUUGGAGCAGCGACCGCUCCUCUUUGGCAGCUUUGGUGGUGUCUUCGCGCUUGCGUCGGUGGCAGGCCCGCUCAUGGGCGGCGCUUUGACCGACCACGCUACGUGGAGGUGGUGUUUCUACAUUAAUCUUCCUUUCGGCGCCGUCUCCGUUGCCGCAGCCUUCCUCUUCCAGCCCAGUAACCCUCCACCACCGAACCCUCUCUACGAGGGCAAGACGACCGCCCAAAAGUGGUUAUCGCUCGAUUGGGUCGGUGCAUUCAUCUCGGUUGGAAUGAUCAUUUGCUUGCUCCUCCCUCUCCAGUGGGGAGGCGUUACGCGCCCAUGGAACGACAAAGUCGUCAUCAUCCUCUUCGUCGUCUUCGCUGUUCUCCUCGGAGCCUUCUUGACUUGGGAGUUCUUCCAAGGAGAACGUGCCAUGCUCCCUCUUGGCUUUUUCAAGAACCGGACUCAAGUCGGCGGAGGCAUCGCCAUCAUGUUGAUGAUGAUUCCAUUCCUGUCGGCGACGUACUACCUGCCAUUCUUUUACCAAGCCAAGGGCCGCACGGCCUCGCAGUCUGGUAUCGACAUCAUCCCCUUUAUGCUCAGCGCCAUUCUGGCUAGCUUUGUCAGCGGUGGCAUCGUCAACGGGACAGGUCACUACCUUACCUAUGCUCCUCGUCGGCCCGCUCGUCUCUACAUGAGCAGCAAACAGCUCAUUGGCUAUCAGAUUCUAUUUGGUGUCGGUCUCGGUGUCGCAUUCCAAAUCCCUCUGAUGGCUAUUCAGGCUGAAUACGCCGACAAGCCCGAGUUGAUUCCACAAGCUUCGUCUCUCCUCAGCUUCCUCCAGCUCAUCGGUGGUGUGAUCGGAAUCGCCAUUUCGGGAACAAUCUUCAACAACAAACUCAACACCGAACUGGCCACCUACGCCUCUGGCCUCCCACCGGAGACGCUUGAAUUGGUCAAGCAGUCUGUCACCGUCAUCUUUAUGCUCCCCAAGGAGAUGCAAGGUAUGGUCGUACAUGCGUACGUCAAGGCGCUCGACUAUGUCUUCAUCCUCGAUAUCCCUGCGUGCAUACUCGCUACCGUUGCUGGCGCGUUUGUCCGUAAUUGGAAUCUCAAGGCGCGUGGAGGUGGUAUGGCUGCCGGCGCGGUUUAA